AUGGAAGAAGUCGACGAACUUCUUAACAUAUCAGUUUAUAAAAGACUUAUCAGCACAGUGAAUGACAAUGUCAAUGACUUUGACUUAGAUAUCAUUGUUAUCACCAUACCGACAACUCUAGUUGUAAUGCUGGACCUUAUGUCCAACAUGAUCAACAUUUUGGUGUUCGCUGCCCAAGGUCUUGAGACGUCAGUCAACAUCAGCCUCUUCACCAUCUCUCUAAUGGACCUGGUUCGAAUCGUUUUCUUGCUAAUAUCCAUUUUUUAUUUAAAACCGUUUGCUGACUUCAUGGAAGUCCCAGAAUCGCUUUUUGAAGUUUUCUAUGUGACUGUAGCAAGUCCCUUAGGCAGCGCAAUUCGAAUCACUCUUCACAUUACUGUGUAUAUCGCCAUAGAGAGAUGCCUGUGUGUUGUGUUCCCUAUAAAAAUUAAAAGAAUUAUAACAAGGAAGACUACGGUGUGUAUCAUCUUAGCUAUUAUUGGUUUAAAUGGAGUCACCUUGUAUCCAAUUUAUUCGGUGUAUUCAUUAUCAUGGGAUUUCUACUUCCUGCGGAACAGUUCCGGCGACGGAAGCGACUUCCUGAAAAACUGGUCUGAGACGAUAGAAAACACAUUUUUGUUUCACUCCAUGCUGAUUGUCAGUGGAUUAGGAACCUUAGUCGUGUGCACGGCUUUGCUUGUAGACCAAUACACCCGGAGAUCGGAUUGGCGCAAGACCGCUGCAAGACAUUUCGGCGACAGACGGAAGUGCCUUUCGGCGCGGGAUCGAAAAACGAUGAAGCUUGUCGUUGUCAUAGCAACACUCUUGAUCGUCUGCUUCACCCCCACGGUGGUGGACAGUAUGAUAGUCAUCCUAACACCUGACUACUACUUCUGGGAAGGUUACAGCUCAUUGUUUCAUUACCUCUAUAACAUUUCGUUACUCUGUCUGUCCAUAAACUCAACCCUAAACAUGUUUAUAUAUUACAAGAUGAGCUCUCGAUACAGAAAUACUUUUAAAGAACUCUUUUGCAGCAAGCUGUGUCUCUAA